UAGAAAAAGCAAUAAAGAAAAAGGAGGAAUAAUAGGACAGGAGAAAUGUGUAAUCAUAAGUGACAAUAAUUGAUGAUUGGAUUAGUCAGAUGAGAGAAUCAGGGAGGCGUAAUCGUAGGAGUUGAAUGCUAAUUAUGAUAAUUAAUUUGAGGGAAGGCAAUAAAAGGAGGAGCUGAUUAGGUGAGAGGUAGGAAAAGAUUUGGAAAGGCCUAGGCUAGGAGAGAAGAGGACUCUCGAAAUUCCUCUGUUAUCUUUUACGUUUCUAUUAUAUUUCUGUAUUUCCAUUAAAAUAAAUACCAGUGUAACAACUGGUAUCAGAGCACCGGUUCUGGGUGUUCUGUGCAUGGUGUCCACGCGAGCUGCCAUGGAGUCAAGGUUGGAGGCGGUGGAGAAACGGAUUGAGGAGUUACAGGAAGCUCAACAACUAUCCUUGGAGGCCUUCUCAGCAAAUAUGUUGAGACAAAUGAGGGAGUUGCUACCUCAACAGCACCAAGGUGGAGGUGCUAGUGCUAACGACACCGGAGGAGGAAAUGACGGUGGAAGGAACGAGCAAGAUGACGAGAGGGUAGAAGGGAACGGUGCAGGAGAUGAAAGGCAGAGGAGAUUCGAACCAAUUCGAAAGCUUGACUUACCGGUAUUCUCGGGGGAGGAUCCGAAUGGCUGGUUGGUGAGAAUGGAACGCUACUUCAGGGUAAUCGGAGUAGUUCCGGCGCAGAGGCUGGAUUUUGCAACAAUGGCUUUGGAAGGGGAGGCCCUCACCUGGUUCGAAUGGUGGGAAGAAUACACACCAUUUCAGACAUGGAGACGAUUCAAGGAGGACUUAUUGAAACGUUUUCAACCUGGAGCUGCUCUCAACCCCAUGGCUCCGUUACUAGAGGUGAAACAGGUGGAGGACGUCGCUCAGUAUAGGCGAGAGUUUGAGGCUGCAGCACGAACGCAGAGAAACCUGGGAAUAGAGGCUCUCAUGUGCAUCUUUGUCAAUGGACUCAAAAAGGAAAUUCAGGCAGAAUUGGAGGUGGCUCAGUUCGAUAAUUUACCAGCUCUAAUGGAUAGAGCCAUGGCUAUUGAAUGGAGAAAUCAAGCAUGGAAGGAGACCGGAGUUGACCCUAACGGCAAGAGGGUGGAGUGGUUGCCGGAAGGGAGCGGAUCUGGUUCGGUGGGAGCUAGAUUUGGAUUUUUCAAAAAUUCUAGUUCAGCGAAGUACAACACCCACGACGGCAGCGAAUCGAGGGGCGAGAUUGGAUCCAACACAAACAGAGGCACCCCUACUCGUACAGGCCUUACCACCAGUUCAAACGGAGGCAGCAGCGCUUCUCAUUUGCAGACAACUCGUAGCAGCGGCACACAGCGACUCUCAAACGAAGAGUGGGCAGAGUGACAGAGGAAAGGGUUGUGCUUCAGAUGUGGAGAGAAGUGGGGACCUGAUCAUAGGUGCUCCAUGAAGCACUAUCAAAUCAUACUCCUAGGAGAAGAUGCAGAAGAGGAGGCAGAAGGAGACGUAGGGAUGAAUCCAAACAAUAUUUAUUUUAUUAAAAUCAAUUUUGGUAUAGAAUUGCCAAACAUAAAUUAUGUUGACACAAACUCACUCCUACCCAAAAUCAAUUCUAUAAUAUCACUUUCAUUCAAACUCCAGUUUAACAAAUACCAAUUCAAACACACACUAAGACUAAAUGGUCAACUAACUGUGUAGGGUCAACUUAAUAAAAUUAUAGCAUUUUGGGUAAAUGCUUUUUUACAACCAUGCUCAAACAAUAUCCUUCACUUGUUUCUCAAGAAAUAGCUGAAAUUAUUUGAAAUUAAAUGCUUUUAUGGCAUACAAAUGCAAAAAUUUAAAAACUGAAAAAAAAAAGAAUUUCACUCUUAUACACAUGCACUCCUCCCCUCCCAUAACCACCUCCUCCCCCACUCAGUUGCCAUUCUCUCUGUCACACCUGCUACCAUCUUCGUCUUCGCGCUACGUAUUUGCCACUAAACUAUAAUCAAACAAAACUUCGUUGUCUUCCCUGCUUUUGCAUUUUGGCAAAGUGCAACUCGAUGAGGUUCUGUUCCUUGUUUCAUUUGUUAUUCUCCCAAAUACUCGAUUUCGAGUCUGCUUUAGGUCUUGUGUUUGAUUAUAAUUGUGUUUGAUUAUACAUACCUCGGAUUCGCGAUUUUUCUGGACGCAUCAAGUGUCAUGUCACUCGUCAUGGUCGGUAACCAAUUUCUCAUCACUGGAGAGUGCUAUGUUGACACCAAAUGCGCACCAAACUCGUAGACUUUCUGCAAAAUUUGUAAGUAAUGUGCAACGCAAAGAGUUGCGAGCAAUGGGGUUUGGAUCCCUCUUGGAUAUUCCCAAGGGGAAUUUAAACCAUAAUCUGAUUUUGGCACUUGCAUAAGCAUAUAAUCCUUUAAAAUUUUAGCUCAUAACCUCAAUAGGAAGAGUAGAUAUUACUUUGGAGUUUGUUGGAGCUGUGUUAGGAUUGCCUUCACAUGUUACUGAAGAGCAUGAACCCAUGGUUUCAGAACUCAAAGGGAAUAAAAAUUCCAAAUCAAUUGAGUGAUAUCAUAGUAUAAAAUCCAAGAGUUUGUCCAAGGUUUAGGCAAGCUUUCUUUUUGUAGCAUUAACAUUUUUAUUGCCAAUAAAUACAACUAUUCGGGAGAAAA